AUGUUCGGAAAAGUGAAGAAUGAGGAGAAGCCUGGUCCAAGAAACCACAUCUUCAUCUCCACCGCCAUAGAGUUCUACGAUCUCCAGGAUCGUCUGGGCUACGAUCAACCCAGCAAAGUAGUGGAAUGGCUAAUUAAAGCGGCUGCGGACGCCAUUGCUGAUCUUCCUUCUCUUAGCAGUGCCUUUCCGGUGAUCCCCAGGCCAAGCGAUGAAAGGAGGUCCAGCGCCUCACAGCCAAGAGGGAUCAACUCCAGAGCUGCCAAAGGGGACGUGGUGAGGAAGGCUGGCGGGGUUGGGAUGAUAUUGGCCAACGGCGUCUUCGAUGGUGAAGGUUUGGUGGCCGACUGCCACGUGUUGCCGGCAACCGCAGUCGGGGCUUCCGGGGGCGAUGAGAUACGAAGAUACAUCAGCGCGGCCAACAGUGGAACUAAGAAUGGCGAGAAGGGACGGGCGACGGCGACGAUCACCUUCAGGGGAACCCGUCUGGGGGUCCAGCCGGCCCCAGUGGUGGCAUCGUUCUCGGCCAGAGGGCCAAACCCGGAGUCACCGGAGAUACUGAAACCAGACGUGAUAGCACCGGGAUUGAACAUACUGGCGGCGUGGCCGGAGGGGAUAGGGCCGUCGGGUUUGCCGUCGGACAAGCGGAGCACGGAAUUCAACAUACUGUCGGGCACAUCCAUGGCGUGCCCACAUGUGUCUGGGCUGGCUGCACUGCUGAAAGCAGCUCACCCGGAAUGGAGCCCAGCGGCCAUCCGAUCUGCUCUAAUGACCACUGCCUAUGUGGUGGACAAUCGUGGUGGGACGAUGCUUGAUGAAUCGUCGGGGAAUACCUCAACGGUCAUGGAUUACGGAGCAGGGCAUGUAAACCCCCAGAAAGCCAUGGAUCCAGGUCUAGUCUACGACAUCUCUACCUACAACUACGUGGAUUACCUCUGCAACUCAAACUACUAUGGGAAAAAUAUCCAACCCGUCACCAGGAAGAACAUCGAUUGCAGCGGAGCUCGCCGGGCUGGACACGUGGGUAAUCUCAACUACCCAUCGUUGACAAUGGUAUUCCAGCAGUUGGGCGACGGUACGGAGCAGAAGCCGCAGGAGCCAGGGCGAACGAGGAUGUUGACACACUUCAUCAGGAUAGUGACGAACGUGGGGGAACCUAAAUCGGUAUAUGAAUUAACGGUGAAGCCUCCGAGUGGGACCACGGUGACGGUGCAGCCUGAGAAGCUGGUAUUCAGGAGAGUGGGUCAAAAGCUGAGCUUUUUGGUGAGGGUAAAGGCCACGCCCGUCAAGCUUUCCCCUGGGAGCUCAACCAUGACGAGUGGCUCGCUGGCCUGGUCUGAUGGAAAGUAUGUAGUUACUACAUCGACCAAGAUGAGGGACGAUGCUUGGUCUUGCAUAGCCAUGCUAUUUCCAUAA